AUGCCUGCCGAUUCUGAAGUCGCAGAGAGAGACGAUAGCCCUGCCAGAGAGUCAAUCCACUCCUCACGGGAUCUUCCCCCAAUCGAGGCUGCGAGUGAGCCUGGGGAAGAAGACGAAUUUUUGGCUGAAGGCUACGAUGUCUCAUCUGUUGCGACAACGUCAGUUACUUCAACCGUCUAUGCGCAUACGGAUAUGGGCAAUCGAUGUGCUCUGAAGCCCGGUGGUUGGAUCGAACUUCAAGAGCUCCACGGCGCCCCCUUCUGCGACGACGGUACCAUGCUACCCAAUGAUCCCGUGAAAAGAAUGUAUGAUCUUGCCGGCGAGGCCUUUUCCACCUUUGGGAUGAACACGACGCUUCCCGCGAAUCUCGAACCUCUCCUGCGCGCCGCCGGCUUUGAAAACAUACAGUGCCACGUGAAGAAAGUACCUAUCGGCGUGUGGGCUAAGGACAAGACUCUCCGUCUCGUUGGGAUGUAUCAGAAGCUUGCCGUAGUCGACAUUAUGCCAACCUUUGCUGGGCGGCCCUUUGAGGCCCUGGGAAUGUCGCAAGUUGAAAGUCAAGUGGUCUUGGCGAUGGCGAGGAAGGCCCUUGAGGACACGGAGGUACAUCGAUACUUUAACUAUUAUUUCUGGUAUGCACAAAAGCCGGGUGGGGGCGUGGGAAAGGAGUAA